UCACAGGGAGGUGUUUCCGCUGAAGCGUCGCCCGUCUGAAGAUCCGCGGAGCCGGAUUUCUACCGUGUCCCUCCCUCCCUUACACCGCCCACUCCUCCUGCUCUUUUUUCUCGCCGCAUCCUCUUUCGACUGCGGGGAUGGAGAAGUGCUACAAACUAGACGGGGAACACUGAAGACCCGAGUCGCAAGAAGAACGCGAAGGGGAGAGGACCGUGAAGCGGCCGUGAAGCGGAAGCUCAGUAACCAUAUGCUCGGUGUAAAAAAAAAAAAAAGCGGCUGCUGACAUUUAACUGAAACUUAUUUCCAACUAAACCACACCUUCGACGGUUCCUUUUUUUUUAUUUUUAUUAUUUUUUUUUUUAACGGCGUGCCUUCACCUGUUUGGCCAGUUAGUCGCGGACUGCAGCAGCCUGAAGACGCAUCACGUGACGCGCUGCAGGUUGGGAGCACAAUUCAAUUACAUUGUCAACUUGUUCAAACAGAAGAACCGCAGUACCGACCUUUCCCCCGAUUCCCCCGGUACUCAGCCAUGUCUGGACGGACCGUGACCAUCCCGGACGACCGGGCGUUCGCCAGCUUCAAGUCGGAGUGUCUGUGCGAGGAGGGCUGGAGUGGGACCUACGACAAGGCGGGCAUCACCGUGUGGAGCCAGGCGCUGGAGGAGGGCAAGUCGGUGCACAAAAUAAAAUGUCGGAUGAUCUGUAAGGAGGUGUCAGCCGAGACAAUGUAUGACGUCCUGCAUGACGUUGAAUACAGAAGGAAAUGGGACACAAACGUCAUUGAGACCUUCGAUAUCGGCAAACUUACGGUCAACGCGGACGUUGGUUAUUACUCGUGGAAGUGUCCAAAUCCACUCCGUAACAGAGACUUCAUCACGCUUCGCUCCUGGUUGCCAAUAGGGAAGGAUUACAUCAUCAUGAACUACUCGGUGAAACAUGCGAAAUAUCCGCCUAAAAAGGACAUGGUCAGAGCUGUAUCCAUCCACACCGGCUACAUGAUCCAGAGCCAGGGACCCAACCACUGUGUCCUCACGUACAUGGCACAGGUAGAUCCACGAGGUUCUUUACCCAAGUGGGUUGUCAACAAGUCUUCCCACUUCUUUGCUCCUCGCGCAAUGAAGAAGAUCAACAAAGCAUGUUUGAAGUACUCCGAGUGGAAGCAGAAACACAACCCAGGAUUCAAACCUUGGCUCUACCCUGAACAGACUACAUUACCCAGCAUCCCGCUGUCGGAGCUUAGCAUUCAGCAUGCCGAGAGCCUGGAAAAUAUUGACGAAAGCUCUCUGGCUGAGGCCCAUGAGAGGGAUGACAGUGACUAGCGCACUGAAGUCAAACCCGGGUCAUGUAUUGACACACACACACACACACACACACACACACACACACACACACACACACACACACACACACACACACACACACACACACACACACACACACACUGAUGCAGGGAUGCAUGCAUGCCUGUUACACAAUUACAUGUAGAUGUGGUUCAUUUCACACACGCAUAGACACCCUGUACUUUUAAAUAUAUAUCUUCUCAUACUCUCAAAACGUGUAUGGAAGCGUUCAUGCAAACACGCUCCAUAUGGGUUUUACAUACUGCAUGCACCCACUGUAAGUACUUUUGUCUUCUACAGCUGGGUAAAUGUUUGUGAAAAGAGUUAAAACAAAAGUCUGCAAACAAGAUCCUAAAAUCUAUUGUUAGGGGAAGGAAUGUUUUCUGCAACAUUUACUGUUCAAAUGUUUACACACUCUACCUUUCAUUCAAAGCGAAGCCAAAACUAUGUAUUCCACAUUGUUUUUGAUUCAUACACAGUACAUUUAUA